GAUAAGAUAAGUGUAUGAAUUGACGAACAGACUUUACCUUGGCACUACAGCAUUCGCCGACCUCACAACUGUCUACGUCUUGUAUUAAGUAGGAUGUUCCCUCUAAACCUGCUGGUCUUGCUGUGUACAGUGGCUGGGUCUAUUGCAGAAUGUCCGUCUGGCUUUUUACGCCAUGAUGACUCCUGUUAUGCACUUAUUCUCAUCAAAGCAAGCUGGGCAGAGGCUGCCGUGUAUUGUCAAGCCGUCGGUGCCCAUCUGGCGUAUGUGGAAACAACAUCAGAACAGACGUUCCUCGAGGGGUUCCUGCUAACAUCAUCGUCAAGUCUGAGUACCGGGUACGUGUGGUUGGGGGCCCUGGACUACCUCGUGAAGGGGGACUGGCAGUGGGGAUUCAAGGGAGGCAAAGUUAGGCAGAAAUGGUGGUCAGCUGGGUCGCCAUCAUACUCUUCCAAAAAUGGUGAAAGCCAGGCAUGUCUGACCUUGACGAGAAGUGUCGGCUUCAAGUGGAAUGAUGAAUUCUGUGAUGUUCGUCACAAUUUCGUCUGUGAAAUAGAGGCCACUGGAUCUGAAAGUCUUGUCGGAUAAAUGUUCAUCAAAGGUGACAAUCUAUUUCAUAGACUUCUAAAGUAUGUGUUUAUUGACUCGUGAUUCAUUUUAAACAUGUGUAAAAUAAAUUAAGUGAUAUACAUUUG